CGGCCGCCGUCCGCUCCCCUCGCCCUCCCUCUCUCCGGGGCCGCCAUAUUGUGGCCGCCGCAGCUCGGGAGUCGCCGCCUGAGGAGCCGCGAUGGAAACCAUGGCGAGUCCUGCAAAGGAUAACUAUCGAAUGAAGAGUUACAAGAACAAAGCCCUAAAUCCUGAGGAAAUGCGUCGGAGAAGAGAGGAGGAAGGAAUUCAACUGCGCAAACAGAAACGAGAGCAACAGGUAACUGUCAUCUUGACUAGCUUGUGUACAGCCUUAACACAGCCAGGAUUGUGCUGCUGCCAAACUGGAAUCUUCAAGGAUCUGUGCAUUAAGCUCUUUAAAAGAAGAAAUGUGGAAUUGAUCAAUGAAGAUGCCUCCAUGUUUGAUAGUCUCCUUGUGGAUUCUUAUGUUAGUUCCACCACAUGUGGGGAGGGAGUGAUCACAAGAGAGAUGGUAGAGAUGCUUUUCUCAGAUGACCCUGAUCUACAGCUAGCAACCACUCAGAAAUUCAGGAAGUUACUCUCCAAAGAGCCGAAUCCUCCAAUAGAUGAAGUGAUAAACACUCAGGGAGUGGUGGACAGAUUUGUUGAAUUCCUUAAAAGAAGUGAAAAUUGCACGCUACAGUUUGAAGCAGCGUGGGCACUGACGAAUAUUGCAUCAGGAACUUCCCAACAAACAAAAAUAGUAAUUGAGGCUGGGGCAGUUCCUAUAUUUAUAGAGCUGUUAAACUCUGACUUUGAGGAUGUUCAAGAACAGGCUGUCUGGGCAUUGGGGAACAUUGCUGGAGACAGCUCUGUGUGUAGAGAUUAUGUCCUUAACUGCGCUAUUCUUCCUCCCUUAUUAAUGCUCCUUACGAAGUCCACCAGGUUGACAAUGACACGAAAUGCUGUCUGGGCCUUGUCAAACUUGUGCAGAGGAAAGAGUCCACCACCUGAAUUCGAUAAGGUGUCUCCCUGCCUGCCAGUGUUGUCCCGAUUAUUAUUCAACAGUGACUCUGACUUGCUGGCAGAUGCAUGCUGGGCUCUUUCCUACUUAUCAGAUGGCCCCAAUGAGAAAAUCCAGGCAGUUAUUGACUCGGGAGUGUGUCGGCGACUGGUGGAGCUGUUAAUGCACAAUGACUACAAAGUGGCCUCCCCUGCUUUGCGAGCAGUUGGCAACAUCGUGACAGGGGAUGACAUCCAGACCCAGGUGAUUCUGAACUGUUCAGCCCUGCCUUGUCUCCUUCAUUUAUUAAGUAGUCCCAAGGAGUCAAUCAGGAAAGAAGCCUGCUGGACUAUAUCUAACAUCACAGCAGGAAACAGAGCACAAAUACAGGCGGUCAUAGAUGCAAACAUUUUCCCGGUACUGAUAGAAAUCUUGCAGAAAGCAGAAUUCCGUACAAGGAAAGAGGCAGCAUGGGCUAUUACAAAUGCAACGUCAGGAGGAACUCCCGAACAGAUCAGAUACUUGGUUAACUUGGGUUGUAUCAAGCCUCUCUGUGACCUGCUGACUGUCAUGGACUCCAAGAUUGUUCAGGUGGCGUUGAAUGGCCUAGAGAACAUCCUGAGGCUUGGGGAGCAGGAAGCCAACCAGAGCGGGACCGGCAUCAACCCGUACUGUAGCCUGAUUGAGGAGGCCUAUGGUUUGGAUAAGAUAGAGUUCCUACAGAGUCAUGAGAACCAAGAGAUCUACCAGAAGGCCUUUGACCUGAUUGAGCACUACUUUGGAGUAGAGGAUGACUCCGUUCUAGCUCCCCAGGUAGAUGAGAACCAGCAGCAAUUCAUCUUCCAGCAACCUGAAGCCCCCAUGGAAGGUUUCCAGCUAUAAUGUGCCUGGGGGGAAAAGAACAUGACAAACUUGCCAGAAAGCAACUGGGAGCAGCUGAUCGCCCCAUCCCCUCCUUGCAAACGGAAGGCUAAACACCCACUCCACCUGUUAGGAAACUAUUCUUCCUUCAAACAACUAGAAACAGUGCUUUGUCCUCACGAAGAGAAGGGGAUGUUCUUACACUUUUUUCUUUUUGCUGCUGCAUACAUGUCUUUUAAAGCAGGCAUCUGGGUGGAGGAAGGACACUGAGGUAACAGAUUGCACCUCUUGGGUUUUUUUUUUUUCCUUUGUGGUGAUCUCUCCCAAAUGUCACUUCUUACCUCGGGUACUUAACUGAGAUUUCAGCAUUGGGUUGGGUAAGAACACAAAUAGAAAGUAAGCAUUCUGACAACAAUAAUUCUGGAAUCCUGGGUUGAUCUAUUUAAUUUUUUUGCACAUGUUACUCUUUAUUAAAGACUCUAAUUUGCCAAGAGCAAAGUUUAGCCCUGGCCUUUCUGCAACCCUCCGUCAGCGGACAGUCCUGUUGCACCUGGGCCAAGUUCCCCUGAAAGAUACUGUAAAUGGACAGAGAAAUGGGAAGUUCUCCCACUCCUGGGAAGAUUUUUCUGGGGGGAAGGCUUCUUCCCUUUGUCUAGAUACUUUUUUUUUGGUUUUUUUGAAGAACUGCUAGUGACAUUUACAAGGAGGAAAAAAAAAAAAAAGGCAACAAGACCCCAAAGAUGGUAACUAUGAAGAGGGCGGGAUGCUUGGGUGGUUUUUGGAACAGGAAGCACAGCUGCUGUUGCACAGGCUUUGUUUGCAUUGCUACUGACUGAAGUCACAGAACUGUUGAAAUGGUGAAAACCCAUCUUCAUCUUUACUUGAAAUUUUUUUUUUUUUUUCCCAUGAGAACAUAUGGGUUGGAGGAAGAGGACAUAGCUACACUUGACAGCGGUGUUGUGUGCGGUGUUAACUUCAGUAGCAACAGGCCUGAGUUUCCAGGUUUACCUCCUGCUCACAGUUGGAUCAUGUACAUUUUACUUCAAAAAAAAAAAAAAGUAAAAUCUCUGUAUUUUUUAUAUUAUAUAUAGGUAGAUAUUUGUCUAAUUGGGCUUCAGAGAAAAAUAUAUAUGAAAUUUCUGUAAUUUAUGUAAAUAGAGCACUGUGAGGCUGGCACACCUGGAAAUGAUGGCCCCAACUCACUCACUGGUUGUCCUGCUUCUUUUCCUCUGUUCACUCACGUACUGUAUAAGCGAGCAUAGAGCUGUCUUAAACUCCUCUACCUGAUUUGAGUUACUUAGCCAAGAUUUCAUUAAACAAAAGCAAGAACGCACUCGGCUGCGAACAAAACCACGUCUGGGGUGUUGGGGGGAGAGCUGGCCGCCGGCACGGGCGAGCCCCUUGCUGCCGCCUUCCCGGGGGGGGGGGUGAAGCGAAGCCCGGGGCUGCUCGCAGGGCGGCCGGAGCUCGGGUUUGACCGAGUCCGUUAUUGUGAAACGAAUAAACUCCCUCUGUGCAGUU